UCCGAAUCCUUUUUUUAUGGCCCUAAUCCUGUUCCGUAGUACUUUAUUAUAUAAACCUACAUAAUCAAUUUAACGUCCUUUUUAAACUUAGUGGGUUUUACUUAAAGGCUAACAUGUCUGCACCUGUUUUACAAACUGAAUAAAUAACCAGAAAACAGCGACUCUAUCUACAAUUUAAUAAAAAAUCUUAAUAUUUUUGCCGAGAGUAAAACAAUAUUACAGUAAAGUCAAUGUUGUUGGACACUAGUCAACAAGUCAGUUGUAACUGAGCAGUUAGAAGAGGAUAGCGGCCCCAGUUAGCUAAACAAACAUCCGUCCUUCAAUAAAAUACAGGCUUCACGACGAAGAACGUAUUAAAGAUUAAAUACCUGGAGAUGCUUUUAAUGCCUGCACGAAUCUUCACUUAUAUUGUUUGUUUUUUUUAACCUAUUUUUCAUAUAAACGACAAACCCUUUUAUCAAACUGUCCUUUCUUCUUCCAUCCACAUCGCUCUGGUUGCUAGGAAACAGGAAAUGUGUAGCAGCGAAAUGCUUCCGUCUUAGCAGCACCCAGCUAAGUGGGCUAAUAAUUGUUUAUUUAUCAACUGUUGGUAACCCUGAGAUUUAGACAAAUAAAAUGAAUGAAUAAAGAGAUAAAAUGUCACAUUAAAGUGUUAAGCUUCGUAAGAAGUACCGGAAAUGAUUUAUUUUAGCUGUCUGAGACAGAUAAAUAGCUGACGUUGCUAGCGAUGCUACGUAAGAAUACAAAUAUUACUAUAUUAACUUAAAAUAUGUUAUAUUCUGGAAGUGGUUAUAUUAUUUUUAUUUUUCUCUUAUUUGAAUAGUUAAACAUUAAACACAUUAUUGAUGCACACUUGGCUCUCUGGCUCGUUGCUGUCGUCAUCAGGGUCCUAGUGCCGACGCGACACCACUUCCAGUAAACAGCGGCUCUGGCAGUUAAAGCUGCCGUCUCUCCGGGACUCAGUCUGCCGACUGUUUAUGAACCAAUUCCGGUAAGAACCUUUCGUUUUUGUUUUAAAGAACCCUUCGGGGAAAGGUUGGUGGUUUUAGCGGCGUCUGUUGCUGAGUUCUGCGGUCUGAUUUGAGCAACCAGCGGUCCUAAAGCCAGCCAUUUUGAGUCAACAUGAGUAGCCUGACAGCUAGCAGCGGCGGAUACAUACAUGUCGUGUCCCGCACGUCGCGACCCCAUCCCGCUGACAUGGAGGGUUUAAUCAGAGGCGCAGGCUGGUGCGGUGGCAGCCGUGACUGCACAGCUGUCACUGCAGCGACUUCCUCUGUCAUCAAAGCGAAAUAAAAAAUGGCCUCCCCUCAGCCUGGCAGCCCGCCUCCUGCACAGCAGUUUACCCCCCCAGAGAAGGAUGAUGACAGCAAAGAAGAAGAGGUGGUGAGGGAUCAGCCGGUUAAAAAACGUGGCAGAGGCAGACCUCCAAAAGCCAAACCCAGCUUCAAAUGCUCCACAUGCACAGAGGCUUUCAAAAGCAUGUCAGCUCUGCAGAGCCACAAGCUGGCAGCGCAUGCAACACAGCAGCAGCAGCAGCAGCAGCAACAGCAUGCAUGUUCUGAAUGCACCAAAACGUUUUCUAGCAAAGCUCAGCUCUCCAAGCAUGAACGCACCCACUCCUCCCAGCGGCCUUUCCAGUGUCCAGAUUGCCACAAGGCGUACAAGACGACCACGGAGCUGCGCAACCACAGCCGCUCCCACACCGGGGAGAAACCCUUCGUGUGCCCUGAGUGUGGGAAAGCCUUCAUGCAGGCUAUCUGCCUGCGGAUCCACACGACGCAGCACAGUGGUGAGCGACCAUACUCCUGCCCCCAGUGCAACAAGAGCUAUCCCACCCUGUCCAAACUGAAAGUCCACGAACGCUCCCACACCGGAGAGAAGCCAUAUUUCUGCGCCGAAUGCGGGAAGAGCUUUGCCGACCCCUCUGUGUUCAGGAAGCACAAACGGAACCAUCAGGGCCACCGUCCAUAUGCCUGUGAGGAGUGUGGGAAGACGUACACAGAGCUGAAGGACCUGAAGAACCACGAGCGUUCCCACACCGGUGAGAAGCCGUUCCUUUGCUCCGACUGUGGCAAGGCCUUCUCCCGCUCGUCGUCGCUGGCGUGCCACCAGCGAAUCCACUCCCAGAACAAACCCUACCAGUGUGAGCAGUGUGGGAAAGGCUUCACACAGCUGUCCUCCUACCAGUCCCACCUGCGCACACACUCUGGGGAGAAACCCUUCCUCUGCCCCCAGUGUGGUAAGAUGUUUUCCGACCCGUCCAGCUUCCGGCGGCAUCAGCGCGCCCACAUAGGGUUCAAGCCGUACCCAUGCGACAAAUGCUCCAAGCGCUUCCGGCAGCCGGCCGACCUGGCCGUGCACGAACGCGUCCAUUCUGGGGAGCGGCCGUACAAGUGUCAGAGCUGUGACAAGGCCUUCGUGGCAUCUUGGGACCUGCGGCGCCACAUGCUGGUCCACACCGGGCUGCGGCCCUUCUCCUGCACCGAGUGCGACAAAUCGUUCACUGAGCGCUCCAGCCUCAACAAGCACCGGCGAGUUCAUUCUGGAGAGAGACCCUUCAAAUGCGAGGAGUGCCUGAAGUCGUUCGUGGUCUCCUCGAGUCUGCGGAAGCACGAAAGGACUCACCUGGCGGAGCAGCAGGAAGAUUCAGCCUCCACCUCCACCACGGGCUUCACCCCCCACACCACGCUGCCACAGUUCUCCUGCGCCCUCUGUGACGCCACCUUCGCCUCCUGGGAUGAGGUUCAGGCCCACGAGGCGCUCCACCCGGCCGACCCCGCUGCGCUGCACAUCUGCCGAACCUGCAGCGCAGAGUUUGGCCAGCUGGGGGAGCUGGAGGAUCAUGCCAAGCAGCACAAAAAGCUGCAUGUCUGUGACAGCUGUGGGAAGGGCUUCCAGAACCGAUCGGGGCUACGAAAGCACCAGAAGAUCCACUCGGCCAGCAAACCGCACCGCUGCCCGCACUGUGGGAAGGCCUUCCUGUUCGCCGCGUACCUGCGCAAGCACCUGCGGACUCACCCCGCGGCGGCAGCAGCGCCCGCAGCCCCAGCUGUGGAUGAGAUCAUUCACACAGACCCGCUUCCCUCGCCCCCGCCGGCCGCAACCUCUGACCCCGGCGCCAUGUCUCUGACUGUACCUGUGAGCUCCUUCCACAACCUCCCAGAUUACCUGGUCAAAGAUGAAGGAAUUUAAUCUUUUAAAAAACAACCAGCACUGUAAAAGGAAAAAAAAAAAAAAAAGAUUGUUGGUGUAACUUAUUAGGGCUUGAUCGUUCUUAUGAUUUCUAACAAAUAUGAUGUAAAAAAUGUUUUAUAAUCUCUGAUAUAAUCUCCUACAUGUGUUCUUCAUGUUUUAAUCUGUUCAUAAAAUCAUUUCUCCUGCAAACAGAAGCUAUAAACUAAAUGAAUAAACCAACACAUCGUCUCUACUUACCCACCUUG